AUGUUUGGACGGCCAAAUUCGGGUUUCGGCGGCUUCAGCAGCACGGCCAACAACUCGUCUUCCCCAUUCUCGUCGAACAACAACAACGCCACAACGUCUCCCUUUGGCCAAAGCUCAAACACUGGUGGUGCUUUUGGUUCAGGCACGGGCGGCGGAAUGUUUGGCUCAAGCAACAACAACGCCAAUACUGGCAAUACAUCUGCGUUUGGCGGUGGCAACACUUCUGCUUUUGGCAGCAACGCUAAUAAUACUACUGGAGGAGGUGCGUUUGGAUCUUCUAAUACUGGGUUUGGCUCUUCGGGCGGAUCUGUGUUUGGAGGCGCCAACAACAACAACGCUACACAGAAUAAUGCUUCUCCUUUUGGAGGCAGCAGUAACACUGGCGGUGGUGCUUUUGGAAGCAGUAACACCGGUGGUGCUGGUGGUGGACUUUUCGGUAGCAGUGCCAACAAGCCGUUUGGCUCAAGCUUUGGUACGCCUCAAAACAACCCAGUUUCGCCAUUUGGUGGAGCUGCUACGACGUCUGCUUUUGGAGGAGCCGGUGCUUCUAAUGAUAACAACGGUACUGCCGUGAAGCCCUUCACGCCUUUCCAGGAGAAGGAUACAUCUGGAACUAACCUUUACCAGAACGUUUCCAACAUGCCUGAGUAUAGUAACUUUUCUUUUGAAGAGUUGCGUCUAAAGGAUUACGAGCAGGGCAGAAGAUACGGCAAUGCUGCUGGAGGUGCUGGUUUCGGUGCCACCAACCAACAGCAACAACUGGGAGGUUUCGGUUUCGGUGGUUCUGGCAACACUGGCUCUGCUUUUGGCGGUGGAAACUCUGCUUUCGGCGGUGGAAAUACCGGCACUUCUGCGUUUGGACAGAGUAACACGGGUACUUCUGCGUUUGGCCAGAGCUCUGGUGGUUUUGGUCAGAACAACAACAAUACCGGUGGAGGCAUAUUCGGUCAAAGUAACACUGCCAACAACAGUUCUCCAUUUGGCGGUGCUAACACAGGAACGUCUGCCUUUGGUAGUGGAGGUGGCUCCGGCGCUUUUGGCGGUGGCUCAUCUGCCUUCAACAAACCAUCUGGUUUCGGCGGCGGUGGCUCUGCCUUUGGCCAAAACAAUGCUAACAACACAUCUGGUGGUUUCGGCUCCAGCAAUAAUAACCAAUCUGCUUUUGGUGGUGGAAACACCGGCUCCGCUUUUGGAGCUAGCAAUACCAACAACUCUCCAUUUGGUGGUGGUAAUACCGGUGGCUUAGGUGGCUCUGGCGGUUUCGGAUCCAGUAAUACCGGAGGUGGUCUUUUCGGUGCUAACAAGCCUGCUACAGGUGGAUUUGGAAGCGGCGGUCUGGCUUUCGGUCAAAGCAACAACACAAACACUUCAGGAGGUGGUCUCUUUGGAAGUGGAGGUGGUUCUGCUUUUGGAAAGCCAGCUACUGGCGGUGGCGGUCUUUUUGGCUCCCAGAAUAACCAGAACCAGAACCAGAGCUCUGGCUUUGGUCAAUCAAACACCGGCGGAGGCGGCCUUUUUGGUCAGAACAACCAAGCUUCUGGUAACACCGGUGGUGGUCUCUUUGGUGGCGCCAAUAACAAUAAUAACCAAUCCAACAAUACCGGCGGUGGCCUCUUUGGAGGUGCCAAUAAUCAAAGCUCGGGUGGUGGUCUUUUUGGCAGCAAUAACCAGAACAACCAGAGCACAGGUGGUGGCCUCUUCGGUUCCAAGCCUGCGGGACAAACUGGUGGCGGUCUCUUUGGUGGCCAGAACAACGCUGGCUCCACAGGAUUUGGUGCAAACCAGAAUAACAAUACUGCUGGUGGAUUUGGUAAUAAGCCAGCUCUUGGCGGUGCCGGUGGUGGUGGAUUGUUCGGCUCCAGUAAUAACGCCUCUACGGGUACUGGAGGUGGUCUUUUCGGCCUGAACAACAACACUCAGAACACUGGAACUGGCGGUGGCCUUUUCGGUGGCAGCAACAACAACACUGCUGGUGGUGCUGCUGGCGGCUCUAAUACCUCUGGUGGUCUUUUCAACAAACCUGCUCUGACGUUCGGUGGACUGACUGGAGGUGGUUUGUUCGGUCUGAACAACAAUGCUCAGCAAAACAACACCGCAAGUGGGUCGGGUGGUCUCUUCGGAGGCGGAUCAUUGCUUGGUGGCCAGCAACAGCAACAACAGAACCAGAACCAAAACCAGGGACAACAGAGUCUCGUGAACAUUGGUACACAGAAUCCAUAUGGCAACAACAGGUUGUUCCAAAGCAUACAAGGCCCAGGCCAGAACGGCAAUGGCCAACCGGAAGCGCCAAUGGCUGUUGCUAUUAACCCACCACCAAAGAAACGUCUCACAUUGUUAGCAGCACACAAGGUGGCACCGUUAUUUGCACCUGUCAAGAAGGUUUCUGUUGCAUCCCCUAGAUCAGAUAGCGUUGUCACGGUUGACAGCGGCAGAGGCUCCAAGAAAUCUGAAUUGUUCAAUGCCGAUGUCGACGCUGCAAUCAUGUCGUCUGAUAUCUUUGCACCAAAGAACGACUACAAGAAGUUGGUGUUGAAUGGUACCAAGAACUCAUUGGUCAAGUACGAUGAAAACAAGCCAAGGCCUCAACAGGUCUCCUUCACCGUCAAUGGUGAACAUAAGCAGAUUGAAGACUCAGAAACAACUCAAGCAACGCUAGGACACGAAGAGGUUGACGAAGAUGGCUACUACACGUUACCUGCAUUGUCUGUGUUGAAGCAGAAGCCGCUUGGCGAGUUGAGAGCCGUGGAAAACUUCAGAGUAGGAAGGAAACACUACGGUGAGUUGAAGUUCCUCAAACCGGUGGACUUGUCGGCAUUCAACUUGGAUGAAAUUUGCGGUAACUUAGUCACCUUCGGACCAAAGAACGUUGUGGUGUACCCAGACGACGAUAAGCCCAAGGAAGGCGAGGGCUUCAACAUCCCAGCGCAGGUGACGCUAGAAGGAUGCUACCCAAUCAACAAGAAGACCAAGUUGUCGAUCUUGGAUCCAAAGGACGAGAUUGUCAAGAAGCAUAUUGAAAAGUUGAAGUCUCUUCCAGAUAUGACAUUCAAGGACUACGAGCCCACCAGUGGAAACUGGACCUUCACAUUCGAGCAUGUCUAA